UCAUCUCUACCAACUCAACCAACUCAACCAACUCAAACAAUCCAAGAACGCAAGAACUCUACAAGACAAGACUCAAGUUAAAUCUAUCCCAUGGCGAUUUUCAAUCGAAAAUCAAACCAAAACUCGGACCCAAAUCAUAACACAACGGCUGAGGAUAAACAGAAAUGGUCAAGAAGACCGGCAAAUACCGCAUUCAAACAACAACGUCUCAAGGCUUGGCAACCAAUCUUAACCCCCAAAACCGUCCUACCGAUCUUCUUCUUGAUUGGAAUCACUUUUGCUCCCAUCGGCGGGAUACUCUUGUGGGGUAGCUCUAAGGUCAAUGAAUUUACGAUUGACUAUACCAAUUGUGAUGUCGAUGCACCUCAAGUUCCAGCUGGUGGAGACACAAACAAUGGAUUCCAAAAUCUCCCCUCAGACAAAUAUGGCUAUCAUUUCUCGAAUUCUGAUGCCCCGGUUCCCUCGCCGCCAUCAUGGCUUUUCAUCAACAAUCAGGCAAAUCAAAACGUCUCUUUGCGUUCACUUUGUCGACUGACCUUUCAACUACCAACUCCUCUCGACCCACCCGUGUUCAUGUACUACAAGCUUACAAAUUACUAUCAAAACCAUCGUCGAUAUGUGAAAUCCUUAUCAAUCGACCAACUCAAAGGCAAGAUAGUCCCGAUUGAGACACUCGACCGAGAUGACCAAUGUAAACCGGUUGCUCGAUCUCCUUCGAACCCUAGUAUGCCAAUUUACCCCUGUGGUCUGAUCGCCAACAGUCUCUUCAACGAUACUUUCCUCUCUCCGAUCCUCCUCAACCCUCCCAACUCAAACUCAAAUAGUAUGAUUUAUCAGAUGUCUGAAAAGGGGAUUGCUUGGAGCGGAGAAGCUGAAAAAUACAAACACACGCCAUACACUAACUCUCAAGUCGCCCCUCCACCUUUCUGGGCUAAUCGCUAUCCUAAUGGUUAUACUGAUCAAAACCCGAUACCUGACUUGAGUCGCGAUGAACAUUUUCAGGUUUGGAUGCGCACCGCUGGUCUUCCAACCUUCCGAAAGUUGUACUUCAGACAAGACACUAACCGCAUGCUGGCGGGUAGUUAUGUCAUGGAUAUCUACAUGAAUUACCCAGUCCGGCCGUAUGGAGGGACGAAAUCGAUUGUAUUUUCCACCGUCAGCUUUAUUGGAGGAAGGAAUCCCUUCUUAGGGGUUGCAUACUUGGUUGUCGGGUCGUUCUGCUUCCUGAUUGGUGUCGUGUUGAGCAUCCGUCAUUUGAUCAAACCUAGGAGAUUAGGAGACAUGAAAUACCUCUCAUGGAACAAGCCUAAAUCAAAGUAAUCUUUUUCAAACCAACCCCACAUCCAAAGAUUUCCUUCCCCAGAACCUUAAUUGUCUCACCUUGGAUCACUAUCAAUCUCUCUUGCUCACUCAAAUAGCUGGAUUUGUAACCCGUUUGUUCAUUAGUGCUGUUAUUUCUUUUUCUACUCAACUUCAUGAUCACACAAAAUCCCUUUCAGCUGUGAAUACUUACCGGACUUUGAUCCCACAUCUCAGUAUGCAUAAUCACUUCUUUUGAUGUUGAUGAUCUUCAUUUUACUCACAUAUGUACACAUCUGUGUUUCAUCUUUGUAAAGUCGUCUUUUGUUUUUUAACCCCUCACUUCUUUGUUUUUUGAGCUGUCUUAGCCACCCAAUUCAGAUUCUAUCCUCUUUCAUUUCUCUUUUCAAAAGAAUUUUUUUUGUGUUGGAUUCAAUUCUACAAAGACUUUUUUCUCCUUGAUCCCUUUCACCAUGACUUAUGAUGAUUCAUUCUGUUCCCUCAGUAUAUAGAAGCCCACAGCAAGUGGUAACUAACAAUUGUGUUUGACAUUGAACUUUUU